AUGAAUACAGCAUGGCUGAAUCGAAAUGCAGUUCCAUCAUCCGCAAAAUAUGACAUGUUGCCUGUUACUGAAGACCAAGAAAUCACACGCGGUGCAGCAUCACUUUCUCGAUGCAGUGACGUUGAUUCAUCAGCCAGCCCUGAAGUCGAAUUCAAAGAUUCCCCCACAAGCCGGCCAUGGCUCGACUUUCAGUUGCCGACAUGGGGGAGUUCCUUUACUUCGUCCGGCACUCCAUCAGAGGAACCAGUAAGGUCUUCUCGCAGACUGCACUCGACAUCAUGGCUCGAUGGACUGCGUGGGGUUGCUUCCCUACUGGUUGUAUUUCAUCACACUUUCUGGCUUUGGUACCCUAAGCUCAGCGAGGGCUGGGGCAGCAAUCCAGACAACUACUGGUUGAUCCAGCUACCCUUCAUACGAAUCUUCUAUGCCGCGGGGAGUUCUAUGGUUGCAAUAUUCUUCGUCGUAUCCGGCUUUUCACUGAGCUACAAACCUCUUAGCCUUAUUCGAACCGGUCGCUCUCCCGAAUUGCUGGGUUCUUUGAGUUCCUCGGUUUUUCGCCGUCAGUUGAGACUGGUGCUUCCUCCUGCUGCAAUUACUUUCGUUUCGAUGCUUGUGACCCAUGCAGGCUGGUAUGGAACAGGGGAAGCCUCGCGUCAGCCUAUCCGUCUCGACUCCCUGGCAGCAAAUGUGUUCCUUUGGAUGCAGAGCGUGGUAGAACUUGCAGACCCUUUCCGUGCCAUCAUACAUCCCGGGGACUACGAACCUACGUACGAUAUUAACUUAUGGACUAUACCGGUUGAGAUACAUGGAUCUAUGGUUAUCUUCAUCACUCUGCUUGGCAUCUCGAAGUUGCAUGCGUCGGUUAGACUUGCAGUGCUUGUCUCCAUCGUUGUGUUCCUCUUUGCCAACGGAUAUACCCAUCUGUUUCUCUUCCUCAGCGGCGUACUUCUGGCAGAGUUACACUACAUUCGCGAGGAACGAACAAGCGGGGUACAAAUCCCAGCUUCGCAACAGCGAGACACUGCAGAUUUGGCGCGAGCGCCAACACCACAACUCAAACACGAGCAGCAAUGCUCGAAAGGAAUGAAGUUAUUCUGGAACCUCAACUUCCUACUCGCAAUAUUCGUGUGCUGUAUGCCCUCUCGUAUUCACGGCUCCGGAACAUCCCCGGGGUACAUAACUUUGUUCUCCUUGGUCCCCGCAUCCCACCUGAAGCCGUAUAUCGAAGAUGAGUUUUGGAUUUUCCUCGCCGCCUCCCACCUAGUCUUCACAAUUGACAAUGCGAAAUUCCUUCAGUUUAUGUUCACGAAUCGCUUCUCGCAGUAUCUAGGCGAGAUAUCCUUCGCGUUGUACAUCAUACAAGGAACUUUCUUGUACUCUCUUGGGUGGAAUUUAUCGGCGAGGGCUUUGGAUUGGACGGGCAGAGACCCUGGGUUUCAAUAUGCGUCGGGAAUAUUUCUUACGUGCUUAGUUAUGUAUCCGCUCUUGUUCUGGACUGCGGAUAUUGUGGCACGGCACGUAGAUGCAAGGAGUGUGAGGUCUGCUAGGUGGCUCUGGCUUAAAACUACCAUUGCUACAUAG